GAUUCACAAAGGCAACUCCAUUUCCUUCUCCUUCCUUCCAACCUCUCUUCCUUCUUUCAGUCCUUCACGCACACACCAUCUCCAAUUUCUCUAUCUCACACCAACUACAUAAAAAUAUAUAUAUAUAUAUAUAUAAUUGAAAUAUAGCUCUGUCCUUCACCAUCAUAUCAAAGACAUACUUAACACCUCUCAAUGGAUUCUCUCUCAUCGGUCUCGCCUUCUCUCGUUCUCCCUCCCAGUAAUCCCCUCCGCCACCACCGCCGUCGCCGAAUCUCCGUCUCCUCUCACCUAAUACGCCACCGUCCCUCUUCUCUCUCCUCCUUCGUUAGCCUCCCCUACUCCCCUGAAUCUCCCAGGAGGAGGCUCGCUGAAUUCUCUUGCAAAUCGGCCUCCCGAGGAGUGUCCGGAGAACAAGAAGGAGAUGGAGAGGGUGAGGGCGAGGACUACAGGAAAGAGGAUUUGGAGAGGGCACUUCGCUUGGACGGGACGAUUCCGGGCACUUCGGAUGAGUUCGUCAAGCGAGUCUCGUCCCGCGCUUACGAUAUGCGUAGACACCUCCAGCAAUCAUUUGCUAGCAGCAGCUACGAUGUGCUAGAGGCUAACCCGUGGAGAGAGUCUCCAAAGCCUGUAUAUGUACUAACACAAAGGGAAAACCAAUUAUGCACAAUGAAAACUCGAAGAAAUCGCAGUGAAGUUGAAAGAGAGCUUGGGUUAUUGUUUUCCAAAGGAGGGAAGUGGAGAUCUGGAAUUGGAAAUCAGGCCAAGCAGUCGGGGACUAGCACAAAGUUUCAGAUGCUUGUUGAGGAUGUCAGGGAGGGAGUCCUUGUGUUUGAAGAUGAGAACGAAGCUGCAAAAUAUUGCGACCUACUUGAGGGAGGAGGUCAAGGUUGUGAAGGUGUUGCAGAGUUGGAAGCCUCCUCGGUAUUUGAUAUUUGUCAUAAAAUGAGGGCUCUUGCGGUUUUGUUUCGUCGAGGGAGGACACCUCCUCUACCAGAAAGCCUGAAGCAGAAUCUGAGAGCACGCAAACGGUCCCUUGAAGACAAAGAGGACUUAAAAUGAAGCGCGGACUAAAUUGUACGAGAAUUUGUGUUGUCAAAGCCAAAAUUGAUGUAUUUAGCACCCUAAUAUAGUUUUUUUUUUUUUGGGUUUAAUAGGGUAAAUUACAAUAUUUUAGUAAUAAAUACAAUCCAAUUUCUAAA